UCGCAGUGCAGCGCGGGAACGGUGGCUGCACGCGCCGCGGCUUCAGCACGUGUCGGUGAGUCGGAACCGUGUCGGGUCGAGCCCGUUCCUGACCGAGUCGUUUGGCGGUUAACGGAUCCCGGCGAAAGCAUGUUGACGCUGCUGACGUCCAUGUAUCUGGUGGUGCGGGCGGUUUCCUCACAGGCUGAACCGAUCCGUGUGGUGGUGACCGGCGCCGCUGGCCAGAUAGCCUACUCCCUGCUGUACAGCAUCGCAAAGGGGGACGUGUUCGGCAAAGACCAACCAAUUGUCCUGAUCCUGCUGGACAUCCCCCCAAUGCUGCCGGUGCUGAGCGGCGUCGUCAUGGAGCUGCAGGACUGCGCCCUCCCACUGCUGCGGGAGGUCAUCCCCACUGACAAGGUGGAAGAGGGCUUCAAGGACAUUGAUGCUGCCAUCUUGGUAGGGUCCAUGCCCAGGAAGGAGGGCAUGGAGAGGAAGGACCUGCUGAAGGCCAACGUGGCCAUCUUCAAGACGCAGGGAGCCGCUCUGGACAAGUUCGCCAAGAAGACCGUCAAGGUUCUGGUGGUCGGAAACCCGGCAAACACCAACUGUCUGAUCGCAUCCAAGUCGGCGCCGUCCAUCCCGAAGGAGAACUUCUCCUGCCUCACCCGCCUGGACCAUAACAGGGCCUGCUCCCAGGUGGCCCUCCGUUGCAGCAUUUCAGCUGACAACGUGAAGAACGUCAUCAUCUGGGGGAACCACUCGUCCACCCAGUACCCUGAUGUGCACCAUGCUAAAGUGACAGUUGGAGGCAGCGAGAUGAACGCAUAUGACGCAGUGAAGGAUGAUUCCUGGCUCAAAGGAGACUUUAUCUCAACAGUGCAGCAGCGCGGUGCCGCCGUCAUCAAAGCCAGGAAGCUGUCCAGUGCCAUGUCUGCCGCCAAGGCCAUCUGUGACCACAUGAGGGACAUCUGGUUCGGCACCAAGGAGGGGGAGUUUAUUUCCAUGGGUGUGUAUGCUGGCGGAAACUCAUAUGGAAUCCCAGAGGACCUGAUCUACUCCUUCCCUGUCCAGAUCAAGAACAAAACCUGGAAAAUGGUCAGUGGCCUCGCUAUCAGUGACUUCUCCAGAGGCAAGAUGGACGCCACCGCAGCUGAACUGGUGGAGGAACGUGACACUGCCUUGGCCUUCCUGUCCCAGUGACUAUCACCCCCUGUUGGCCACAAGCAGCAGUGUUUAAAAUCACUUAACGCCCGC